GAGCUGCAUUCGGGUCGUGUCAGGCGCGGUGGACGGUGCAUUCUCGAGUUCAUCAGUUGUUGCUUCUUCCCAGAAUUGAUAGUAAAUGUAACCAGUGGAGUUCUUUCUACUGACCACACACACUGUAAGUUGUCCCAUUGGAAGGCGCGCACGUUGCUGCAGUCUGUGUCUGUCGGUCGGUCAGUUUCCGUCGGUCAGUUCAGUUUCCAGGUUGUUCCGAGCGAGAACGUGCCAACCGAGAAACUAGGCGAGAAAGUUUAAAUCUCAUUUGUGACGUUACCAACCACCACCACCCACUACUGCUACUAAAGUGCAGGGUGAGCAGUGGGUGCACGAGGAGGAGAGGGAGCAGGAGGUGACAGCCAGUUUCGUACUACAUAUCGCCGACCGUACCGAGAGCCAUUCAAUCGUGGCCCGUCGAAGCGGAAGGAUUGUCGAAGCGUGGCUCUAACGACGCGUUCCCAAGUGCUUAAAGAUAAUAAUCAGCUGAGUUUUCGGUGCCAUUGUUCACAGAUUAGUAUCUAAUUUACAGCCAAUUCCCCUCCAUCCCCAACAAAAAAAAACAGAAUAGCUCAUAUUCCGCAGGCAUAAAAAUACAUCGACUGAUUGUGAACGAACGGACGGACGAACGGGAAGGAUCGUGAGCUGAAUAAGUGAGUGAAUCCCAAAAAGAAUUCUGAUAAACUGAUUGCUAGUGGAGAUAACUGUAGUGAAGGGGGAAUUCUCGAACGAAAAAGGAUUGUUGUCCGGAGACUAUUUGGCCGCUCCCCAGAUUCUGCAGUAAAACGAUAAUCCUCGUUGUUAGCGGAAACACCGAUCGCAACCUCACCAAACAUGCCAAUUUCCGAGUUUCGCAAGAAAAAGCUGCUGUAUGUGUUCAACGUGUUUUUCGAUGUGAACCAGAGCGGCGAAAUCGAUCGAAAGGACUUCGAACUAGCCAUUGAAAAAAUCUGUGAACUUCGCGGCUGGCCGGUGGGCAAUCCGCGGAAUACGGAAACCCACGAAUCCAUGUUCAAAAUUUGGGAUGGAUUGCGUUCCAAGGCGGACAAGGAUAACGAUGGUCAGGUCUCGGUCGAGGAGUGGUGCAAAAUGUGGGAUGAGUACGCGCGGGAUCCGGACUCCGUGCUUGACUGGCAGUUGAGAUACAUGAACUUCAUGUUCGACCUAGAAGACGCUUCCAACGACGGAGGCAUCGAUGCGGAGGAAUUUUCCAUUGUUUGCUCCAGCUACGGACCCGAUAAGCAAGAAUGUCAGCAAGCAUUCCGGAAGAUGGCGCAGGGUUCUGAUGAGGUCAACCGGGAGCAGUUUGCCGAUUUGUGGCGCGAGUAUUUCUCGACCGACGAUCCAACGGCGCCCGGAAACUUCAUUUUCGGUAAAACAGAAUUUUAACGUAGCGGAGCGAACUACCGAUUUCUAGCUCUUAGCAACAUCCUCGAACAACGUUCCGAGUUCCGGUGGAUUUGGAACCCCUCUAGCGGCAGCAAUAGCGGCGGCGAUAGUGCACCCGAACAAAAGAAGACACUUAUCGGUAGAACAGACCGAACCUGGCGCAAGAGGGCAUUUUUCAAUUUAGUCAAAUUUAGUAGCGGCGGCCUUCGGGUUGCGUUGUUUUUUCUCUAGCGUUGAGUUCCCAAUUCAAAACACAUCCACAAUUUAUACGAACGGUCGGGAGCAUUUCGGACCUUGACGACGCAGACGGAGAUAGAUUUGGUAGUUUCGGUGUUUGGUGCAAUAAAUUGUAAGCGUUUUCAAAUACAUCAAUCAUUUUGAUUGUGAUGCGGUUCCGGUAGAUGUCACUGCGUGGCGUCGAACGGUUAAAUCGGUUUACCGUCAGGCAGAUUAUUUUCCGUUUCGUGUCAUGAAUAAAGAAAAUCACUUCGAGGCAACUGUUGGUAGACCUCGAGCGAAUGGAUUAACAGUUCUGAAGUUAAACGAAUAAAAAAAGAUAUUCUCCGUUUUAUUUGUUGCCAUUAAAAGCGUUUGUGGAGGGGAAGCGAACCGGUCCCGUGACGUGAUUAUAAUAAAUUGUGAAGCACAGAAAUAUGAUAAAUCAUAGUCAACGAGAAUAGGUUCCAGCUUUUCUAGGUGACGUGGCCUAUCUUCGGUUUUUGCUUGCAGCAAAGCUACUUAAAAAAAGAAGCCAAAGAUGCUUUUUCUAGGUUAGGAUUUUUUUUUCGGUGAGUGCCUUGUAGUUUUUGCAACCUAUGCAGCUCUAUCUUCUCACUUAGUUCCAAUCCGGUACGUGCCUGAGAUUCUCCUGUGUUUGAACGGCUAUUUUGUUAUCAGCUGUCAUUUUUCGGUUGGCUGAUUAUAGUAGGCUUGAAAAAUGAAAAAUGUUUUUAUAAUGUGCAUGUCCAUACUACCGGAGGCGGUCAUCAAUUCACAUGGGGUUUUAAUAGUGUUAUUAAAGUGAGAAAUUAUUUGAUAAUGCUUUCUUUUCACGAUUCAAAUCAUCGGGUAUUUAAGGUUUCACUUACAAUCUUAGGAAAACAGACAUGGUUAAAAAAUGCAACAAGCAGUUUUCGCUUGGUAAAUCUUCAAGAAAAAUAUUAGAAAAUUGAACUAAAUGAACUGACAUUUCAUUAGGAGAAAAUAGUUUUUGAGUUUUUCAAUGAUGGUUGCCUUUCUAUAAAAGUAAGUUUCCCCUUGAAAGAAGCCUAUCUCGUUUGCAUCAUCCAUUUAUUCUGACUGAAGUGUAAUGAAAUGGCAUUAGGUUUUGCACGAACAUGACAUAACCUCACAAAAAUGAACAGAAUGAACUUUUUUUGACAGUCGACGUGUACUUGUUUACAGUUUAAAAGUUCAUCAGAAGUUCAUCGUUCGAAUGUAAAAAUUGCAAGUCGUCUCACACUCAACAGAUUCAUACAUAUAUCGCUCCUUGAUGCUGGAAACACAUACAGGGCAAUCUUUUUAGUUAUUUUCACUGUGGAAUACGUUUUCAACAGGCACUUUUUCGUCAUUUUUUCAAUUUUUAACUUGCAGUCGCAAAACAAAACAAGUACACGGCAACUGUCAGAGAUGAACUUGAUUCAUCGGCAGUUCAUUAGUGUCGUCAUCGUGCAAAACCUAAUAGGUUAUCGGAAUUUUCCAUCAGCUCCUGUGCAGCUACACAGAAAACGAAAAGUAUAUAUUUAUUGACUACUUUUUACUCAAUUUGGAAUUAUUUUGAAUCGUUAUUUCAGGAGAGCUAAGAAAAAUAGAGUAUUAAUUUUAACGGCAGACGUAAGAGAAAACCUUUCUCUAUUGUUUUCUGUUAGGACUUACUCUCAGCGAGUACUGAGUCUUUGGAGAUUCCUCUGCAAAGUGAAUGUUGAUAGGUGGUUUAUUGGCCGUUAGCACAAAAAAGAGAUAAAUAUGGCAAGAAUUGCCGAACAAAGUUGACUGUGUACACACUAAACUUCGUUUGGUGGUUUUUAGUGUAUAUUUAGUUCGGUAAAUUUCGCAUUUUUUAGAAGCUUUGAAUAGCCGAAUUACCGAACACUUUCAUACUACCGAUAUAACAGCACAAAUCAACAUUUGUUGACAGUCGUACUUUAAGGAACUGCUGUAAUGAAAACAUUAUUUUUAUUGAGAAAACCACCUACCGAGAUUUGCACAACUGAGAUCGGUAAUCCAAUUUAAGUGUGUAGACAGGCAAUCGGAAUGAUCGAACCCUCAAAAAUCCACCUAGUGUUUUAGCGAUGCAUUUCUCAUCAGUGUUUUGAGAUGUAAUUCCCAUUUCGAAGGUUUUCAUCCCAACUUGCGGUGCUUGCGAAACUGGAAAUCGAGGACCGACAAAACUGAAGUAGGUUUGCUUCGCCACCAACAGGCAAUAUUUGAAAUAUUUUGGGAUAAGCUUGAACGUUUCGUUAAUGUUUUGCAUCCCCAAUUAAGUUAUGAUUUGACAUUUUCAACACUCAGUACACACUUAAAUUGGAAAACCGAUCUCAGCUGUUCGAACCUCGGUAGCUGAGUUUUUCAGCAAAAAUAACGUUUCAUCACAGCGGUAUCUUAAGGUUUUGCUGUAAACAAAUGUUUGUUUGUGCUGAUAUAUUAAAAGAAACUGAGAAUGUUUGGUAGUUCGGCUGUUCAAAAUUCGUUAAAAGGUUUGGAAGAAGUUACCGUACGAUGUUUAGUGUGUACCCUUUAAUUCCACAACCAGAAGUCACACAGUUAAAUCCAAUUCUCUAGCUCGGUAAAGAAGAAUGUCGAGACAGAUCGACAACACACAAUUUUUCCGAUUUCUCAGUAAUAAAUAUUACGAUUUCCGUGAUCCGUUCAGUAGAUUUACUUAUUUUUCGGCAAAAAGAGCAUCUUUUUGCCGAGAUUUGACAAAAUCUUAUACUAAACUCAUCAGGGAUUUACAAUUAUCCCGAAAUCACCAAAUGCUUUGACCAAAAUUUUGAAAUAUGUAUUAGUUUUUGCCGAAACUCGGCAAGGCAACUGUGAUUUAUGGUUCAUAUUUUCGCUACUCACUACGCAGUUAUUUUCUGACGAAGAAGUGAGAAUCUACGAUUUAUCCAGUAAGUAUAAUAACUACAAAUUAUUAUUGAUUAUUUAAAGAAUGCACGUUCCAGAUCCUGCUUUCUUUGUCGGAAUUCUUUGUUUGCUUUUAGUUGCUGGAGGAUCAGUAAUUUACAAUUUUCACUUCGUUACUUUUGCCGAACAUUCAGUAAAGGUUAUGCCGAACAGACAGUAAACUUUUGCUGACAAAUUUGGUAAUAACUGACGUUUGUCAAAUUUGAUAUUUCCGAUACUUUGCAAUUGUAUCUUUUGCCGAGAUGAUUACCGAGUACUCGUCGGUUCAAAUCUCGGUAAUGAUUUCGCCGAUAUUCAGCGAAAAAAAGUGCGCAGAUCCAAUUCAAACUGAAUGACAAUUUUGAAGAUUUGGUUCCUUUUUGUUGUCAUCUCUAAAUAUUUGACAUUCAUCACCCUGUAUUUUCCGAACCAGAAGUCGAAGUCCGAGUAGAAUUGAAUGGCUGUCAAUGGGAUCUUGCGUAAAUUGACUUAGCAUUUUUCUAAAACAAAAUCGAGGUGAGUUCCGAUGUGUUUUGGAUCCUCCUUCAAAGUUUUUUAGUCCGAUUCUUGCAAUAACCGUUGUUUUUAAACGAUUCUUACAUUGCAAAAUCCGUGUCCGGUUCUUGCUCUCAAAGUUAUCAUCCGAUUCUUGCAUUCAUAAAUACUUGAACGGGUUUCCCAAGCUAAGUUGUAUUUAUCCAAUUUCUGCUUUCAGCCGUUCAAAUGAUCACUCAGUGAAAUUGAUUUUUUUAAACAUUUUUCACCCAAUAAUUUCGGAACCGAAAGCCGGAUCCGGAUAAAAUUCAAUAGCAGACUAUGGUACCAUAAGAUAUUUCCUUUUGAAUCUAAAAUUUUUUCGAAAAACAGACAGAAUUUGAAGUGAAUACGUUUUACUUGACUAUGGGAUGCCUUUUCAAAAUGAAAGAGUGAUAAGUUUUUGAUCGUGAAUAUCUCCUGUUUUAUUCAACGUAUCAACAUGAUUUUUUCCACGUCAUCGGCGAUAUGAUCACUAAUUUAUGAUAGAAUUUUCAGUAGUAUGAGAUAAUCACAAAUAACUUGAUGCUGCAUUCAUUCCAGCCUGCGUAGCUGUCUCGUUCAAUUUAGACCGGAAUUCAGGUCCUGUAUCUAAUUCUAGAGUUCAGUUCUGAAAUUCGGUUUCAAACCCCAACACCAGACGUUUUUUUAAUUUCCAGAAUCCAGAUCUAAAAAUCAUUCCUUUGUCCGGAAUCUAGGGCCAGAAUCGAAUUUCAGAACUGUGGAACUUGAACCGAAUUUAAGGUUUUGAUUCUAAGCCUGAAUUUUGGACAGAGAUCAGGAUCUUGCUUCUAGACCUGGACUCUGGAACUGAAAUUCUGGGAAUGAAAUUAAGGUUCAGACCAGAAUACAGUUCCAAAAUCCCUUUUCAGAAUUCAGACUUAUAAUUCACGUUCAGUAUUCGGAAACUGAGUUCCGAGCCUGAGAUUCUGGAACUACAUUCAGCAUCAUUUUUAUAUCCAGAACUCAGUUCUAAAAUGCAUUCCAGAAACCAGAUUUGAAUCCAGCUAGAGUAUGCUGGUCUAGAAUUAGGAGCCAAAACUCUAGAAGUGCAACUGAAUUAAGAGGUUAGAUUCUGAAGAUUUUGAACUAAAUUCCGGAUCUGGAUCAUAGAACUCAGUUUCGAAGCUGAAUUUUGGAUCCAAAUUUGAAAACUGAGUCCUGUACCGGACUUAAACUUAGAAUUCAGUUCCGAACCAGAAUUCUAGGCUCGAAUUAGUGUUUCACAACGAUCUAGAUUCAGGUUUCUGUUCCAGUUUCAGAAUUCAGUUCCCAGAAUUCAGGAUCAGAAUUCAGUUCCAGAAUCUCUAGAAUUAUAGGUGAAGAAUUCAGAUUAAUUAACAUCAAAGAAAUUGAACCAUUCAUUUUAUUCGUAUUCAGAGAUUUUCAUGUAGUUAGUGCGUCAUAAUUGGUGAAAUUUUGUUUCAUGUUGCGAAACAGAAUUUUACAUCCACAGCUCUGUUCGUUGUUUGACGAUUCAACGUAACUCUUCUGCGAUUGUAGCGCUGCCCAAGUGGCAAGCAUGGAAUUAAGUAAUGGGUGAAAUGUCAGUGUGAAAUUCACUAGGAAACAGAGAUGCCAGAUGAGGAGAUUUGUCUACCAAUUUGUAAAAUUUGUGAUAAGUGCUGCUGACAUGUUUGUCACAUGCAAUUUUUUACAGAUGUCCGAGUUUUGUUUUGUUUAUGUUCUGCAGAUUUUCGAAGUUUUUUUACAGAUAGUUAAUACAUGUGGCAGGCUUUGGAAACUGACUGUUUUUUUUUUUAUUUUGCUCACUAUAUCUACAGACUGAAGUUCUUUCUGUGGUUUUUUUUAUAUUUUUCAGACAGUUAAGAAUUUGACGUAAAACCUUUGGUAGUAAAAACUUGAAAAAGUGCUUCCGAGCACACUUUCUAAAAUUGCAUUAACAAUUUCAAAAAAUAUUGACGACAACUUCCCAUCGUUUGCGAUUUUUCUUUAUUCAGACCCGGAUCCGCUUCGAACGAAUAAACUAUUUUUAGUUGGAUAUGAUUUUUCCAGGAACUGGAAAGUUAGUGCAUAAGAUCGAUAAUAAUUAUUAGCCUUGCCUAAAUCUAUAGUUCACUUACAAUAUGGAACAAACCAUUCUGAAAUCGAUUAGAAAUGACAGACUGAUUUCGUACAAAAUGUUAUUAAAAGAACAUAAAAAGAUUGAGUUUGAAUCAGAAACUAGGUGAAAAGUCUAAGCCUUUUAGGACCAGUUCGGGACUGUUGUGAAAUCAACAAAACAUUCCACUAAGCGAACUUACCAAAUCUUCUCUGCGUGAGUCAAACGCGGGAUGCUCCCCGAAUAACCCUUCAAAUAUCAUCCUUUUACAAAGAACUAAGCUGGUGUCAUUUGAAAACUUUUGAAUAUUAUCCUAGAUAAGAACAGAAUGAUAGUACUCGAUAGCUAAUACUAUUACAUAUAUGAUAUAAACAAACAAACAAACAAACAGAAAAAAAAAUCUCUAUAUCAGAUGAUGUUGAAAUGUCAAAGAAAAGUCUAUAGCAUAUAAACAACCAAUGUUCUCUAACUAAGCAAACAACUCUGUGUGGAAGGAAACUUUACAAAAUAGCGUACGAUAGCACGAGACGUCCAUUGCUCUAAUACACGUCAAUUUUGAGGUUAGGAAGUAGAAGAAUAAUUACUGCAUAUCUUUGAUUUGGACGCAACUGGCUACCAAAGUUAGCAGACCGGGACGAUGAACGAGUAACCGUUUUCAAUUUCUAUCCUAAUCCAAAUAAAAGUUAACUUGUUAAGUUGUUGCCUGUUCGCUUCCGAGCAUUAAUUUUUUGCCGAGGGGUUACAUUUUAACCAACAUAAUUGAAUGCGUUUCUUUAGCAAAAAAUAGCCGAAUUUUUCAUUCACUUACUAAACUAAAUCGAACAUUCCUGUUGUUGUUAAACUGCAUUUUUUAGAUUCUUGUUUUGAAAGCAUUCCUGAAGCGUCCAGCGCACAAAUGCUAUUUUCACUUCCAUAGAGUUCUUGGUAGGUCUAAGAUCGGAUCCAAUAUGGUGCCAAUCGUAUCGGUAGCAGUAAGCACUUGGCAAAAGUCGAUUUUGAUGACGCGAAAAUUUUGAUAACAUUGAUACGUAGCAGUAGAUUCGUGUAUUUAAAAAAAAACAACAAAACUAAACAAAUUAUUACAAACCGAUGGUCAAUUCAUCAUAGAUGUUUAUGUGUUCGAGUGUGGAGCGGAAAUGGCUAAAUAUUACCUUCAAAACAUGAUCUUCAACUGUAGUCAAUUGCUCUGUGAUUCUAUUGAGGACUUGCGAAAACCAAUCGCCCAUAUCAAUAAAACUGUGAGUGUUCCUCUUUCCUUCUUCCUACUGUGUCCGUCUCCGGCACACUUUUGCAAAAAAAAAUCACUAAAUUUCCUUGUCUUUUAUCAAUAUCGAGAACUGAUUGACCUUCGAUACCAUUAGAAUUAUGUGACUAAACCGUACCAUAGACGUUUGACCAGUUGCUGUUAAACAAAAAGAUAGAGAUAAAUGCUAAGAAGCUAAAUUGAGAAUUUUGAAAUAAAAGCUCCAACGUAAACUCUGGUUAAAUGUGGAAUAAAGGAAUUAAUAAAACAAUACGGUCAUUGUUCGAUUUGAAGCUACCGAGCGAUAAUUUUGAAGCAUACGAACGAUUUGAUUGAUGAAAACUUUGAAAUGUAAAACAUAGGAUCUAUAUUAAUGUUGAAUGUUGAUUGAAAUAAAGUCUAACAUAAACCUA